AUGGAUUUGGACGAUGAAGAUGCCCCUCCCGAGCUGGUCGAUGUGUCGCAGCUACCGGACUCGGAGAACCCUAAUGUGUCCAUCACGCCUUCGACCUCGUUAGACACUUCCGCGCAGAAUCGCGUGCCCAUCACUCUGGUAACGGGCUAUCUCGGAGCGGGGAAGACGACUCUGUUGAAUUACAUUCUGAAUGAGAAGCACGGCAAGAAGAUCGCCGUCAUCAUGAAUGCUCACCUCGACUGUAGAAUUCGGAGAUUAGACUCCGGCGUGAUGGCGAUCGAGUCUCUCAUGGAACGCCGCGGCACCUUCGACUACAUCCUGCUCGAGACCACCGGGCUGGCUGAUCCCGGCAACAUCGCGCCCAUUUUCUGGGUCGACGACAACCUCGGCAGCUCGAUCUACCUCGACGGGAUUGUGACGCUCGUUGAUGCCAAAAACAUCCUGCAUCUGCUCGACGAGCCCACGCCCGAGGAGACCGUCUCCGCGCACGAAAAGGACGACGAGCACGCGCACGAGCACACCGGCCCCGUGCUCUCCAUGGCGCACAUGCAGAUCUCGCACGCGGACGUCAUCAUCCUCAACAAAGUGGACCUCGUCACGCCGGAGGAGCUCGAAACCGUGCGGCAACGCAUCGCGGCGAUCAACACUGUCGCCAAGAUCCAUGUGACGGAUCACAGCAAGACGCCGCAAAUCGAGGGCGUCGUGCUAGACCUGCAUGCCUACGAGCAUCUGGCCAGCCUGGAUUUCGGAGAGAAGGGCCACAGCCAUAUUGACCCGGCCAUCUCCACCAUUGCGAUUACUACGCCUCCCAUUGCGAGCGACAAGGUGUCCCGAGUAGACUCCUGGCUUCAGUCCGUUCUGUGGGAUUCUACCCUUCCUUCGGCCGGGCCGUCAGUGCCUGACUCUCACCCGACGGAUUUCGAUAUCCAUCGGCUGAAGGGAAUCCUGGUUACAGAGGACGGGUCAGAAAAGAUUAUUCAGGCUGUUCGAGACGUCUUCGAGAUCCGAGACUCGGAAUCUGCGCCGGCAGCUGAACGCAAAAUGCAGUGUAAGAUCGUCCUCAUCGGCAGGGGGUUAGGUCCGGAUGCGCAGCCAUGGCAACGGAGUCUUGAAGCCUUCCUGGAGCGCGCCGAUUAA